GGACCUGCAUAAGCAAAAGGAGAACAGUCUGGCAGAGUCUCCUUCAUCUUACGAUACUCAAUACCCCCAGCUCCCAAGAAUGUGUCUAUCCCCAUUUGCUACUGAGUUCAUCCCACUAAAGCCCAACUCUUAUGCAGCUCUAUUUGAUCAGGUUAAUGAGCUGGAAGAUGGCAGACCACUCAUGGUUGAUGAGUUUGUCAAGAUUGAUGAUGGGAACAUGGCUCUUAGUAACAAUGCACUAGAAGACAUCUGGGAAGAAAGAGAGGGACCUAUUCUAUAUACGCAUUCAGAAGGAGAAGACAAGGUCUUCAAUGACAACAUUCUCAAACCUCUUCAAAUAGAUUACUCAAGGAUGUUCAAAACACCUUUCGAAUUGGGGAGAGAAUUCAAGGGUAGGCACAUCUACUCUCCUUCUCAAAUAGUAACUCGAAGUAAAGCAAAGAUUCUGGAAGAAGGAAGAAAGAAAACCCCAAUUGGAUGGGAGGAAAGGUCAGAUGGUUCAGAGUCUAACUUUGCAGAAGACAUUAGGAAUUUUUUCAAGGAAUGUUGUCCAAACAAACCAGAAAAAGCAACCAAGAAACAGUCCACAAAUAAGCCUUUAACCAAGAGCCAAAAGAAAAAAUCUAAAAAGAAGCUUAAGAAGAAAAUGGCAGGAGGGCAAGAAAAGAAUGAAUCCGAUUGAUCUCGAAUGGUUUUUUUUACUCUCAUAUUAGUCUAGUCUCUUUUAUGAUGAGGCCUUUGGCCUUUGGUUUAUUUUUAGCUCUACGGUAGCUUGUAUUCUGCGGGAAUGCAGUAGGAUUUUGUUUGCAGGUUUUAGAGGCUUCUAAAUGGUUACAUGGAUGUUUUUAACAUUUGGGAACUGCCAUUUAUUGGCAUGGGCUUGCUUAGGGUUUGCACAGGAUUGCAGGGAUUAAU